CUUCCUCGACUUCCGUGUCAUCUCUUUCUUUGAAAUUCUGAAUUAAUAUUAAUAUUGAUUAAAAUAUAUAAACAUUGGGUGCAUUGAAUCUCUGGAUUAUUGAUUCUGACGAUCGUGGUCGCAUUCGAAGUUGGAUAUGGCGAGGAGCACAUCUGAGCUUGUCCGCCAAGUGAAACCAACUAAGGAGUUCGAUCUCAGCGCCUUGUUUCGCUAUGCGUCCGCCAAUAUCUCAGGCUUCCCUCACUCUCCUUAUUUGAAUAUCUCACAGUUUGGGCAUGGGCAAUCGAACCCCACCUACUUGCUGGAAGCGCGCUCAGGCUCAGGGGAUGCGGUGAAGCGUUAUGUACUAAGGAAGAAGCCUCCAGGAAAAUUGUUGGCGUCAGCUCAUGCCAUCGACAGAGAAUUUCAGGUCCUCCAGGCGUUAGGAGUUCAUACCCAAGUUCCAGUUCCUAAAGCUUUUUGUUUUUGCAAUGAUCCAAGUAUACUGGGAACAGCUUUUUACAUCAUGGAAUAUUUGGAGGGACGCGUAUUUGUUGACCCCAAGCUGCCAGGAUUGGCACCAGAAAGGAGGAAGGCAAUUUACCGGGAAACUGCCAAAACUUUAGCUUCCUUACAUUCUGUUGAUGUGAACUCCAUUGGACUGGGAAAAUAUGGGCUGCAUGCGGAUUAUUGUAAAAGACAGGUUGAGAGGUGGGGUAAGCAGUACAUUGCUGCAACCAGUGAGGGUAAGCCUGCAAGCAAUCCUAAAAUGUUUGCACUGGCUGAUUGGCUUCGGCAUCACAUUCCACUUGAAGAUUCUUCAGGAGCAAUGGCUGGCCUUGUCCAUGGAGAUUUUCGGAUCGAUAAUCUUGUGUUUCAUCCCACUGAGGAUCGGGUCAUUGGCGUACUUGACUGGGAAUUGUCAACCCUUGGUAACCAAAUGUGUGAUGUUGCAUUCAGCUGUUUGCAUUAUAUUGCAGACAUUGGGCAUGACAAAAUAUAUAAAGGUCUGGAACACCAUGAAAUUCCGGGAAUUCCUACACAAUCUGAAUAUUUGGCUGAAUACUGCUCUCUAUCAGGAAGAAAAUGGCCUGUUGCAGAGUGGAAGUUCUAUGUUGCCUUUUCUUUAUUUCGUGCAGCUUCAAUCCAUGCAGGAGUGUAUAAUAGGUGGAUUAAGGGAAAUGCUUCAGGGGGUGAGCGUGCUCGUUACACAGAUCUACUUGCAAAUGGUUUCAUAGAUGCUGCUUGGGAAUUUAUUGAGCGCAAAUAUGUGCUUCCUCAACGCCCUCCAUCUGCAGGCAGGCCAUUUAACUAUGCAAGUCUACAACACUAUUCAAAAGAAUUUGUGGAUGAGGCUGACAUGCAAGGCGUUUCAAAUGCAGAAAAGUUUGUUCCUAGUAAAAAGGUUUUGAAGCUGAAGAACAGACUAGUCAAGUUCAUGGAAGAACACAUAUACCCAAUAGAAAAAGAAUUUUAUGAACUUGCCCAAUCUAAGUCACGUUGGACUGUUCACCCUAUGGAGGAGAAGUUAAAGGAGUUGGCGAAGAAAGAAGGCUUGUGGAACUUGUGGAUGCCUAUUGACAGUGCUGCCAGAGCAAAGAAUAUACUCCUUGAUGGGAUCAAUAAUGACCUCUCUGGUGAUGCACAUGACUGGUUAUGGGGGGCUGGUCUCACAAACCUUGAAUAUGGGUACCUUUGUGAGAUAAUGGGUCAUUCUGUAUGGGCUCCACAAGUGUUUAAUUGUAAUCCACCUGACACAGGUAAUAUGGAGGUUUUAUUGCGCUAUGGAAAUAAAGAGCAAUUACAAGAAUGGCUUAUUCCUUUGCUCGAGGGGAAGAUUAGGUCUGGAUUUGCCAUGACAGAACCACGUGUUGCAUCUUCUGAUGCAACCAAUAUUGAGUGUUCAAUCAGAAGACAAGGAGGAGAUUCAUAUAUCAUCAAUGGGAGAAAAUGGUGGACAAGUGGUGCCAUGGAUCCAAGAUGCAGACUUCUGAUAGUCAUGGGGAAAACUGACUUCAAUGCAGCCAAGCACAAACAGCAAUCUAUGAUCUUAGUGGAUAUUCAAACUCCCGGUGUUCACAUAAAGAGACCAUUAAUGGUGUUUGGCUUUGAUGAUGCACCUCAUGGGCAUGCAGAAAUCACUUUUGACAAUGUGCAAGUGCCAGCAAAAAAUAUUAUACUGGGUGAAGGACGUGGAUUUGAAAUUGCUCAAGGUAGGUUAGGCCCAGGAAGGCUGCACCAUUGUAUGAGACUGAUAGGUGCCGCUGAGAGAGGCAUGCAGAUGAUGGUUGAAAGGGCUGUGAAUAGGAGAGCAUUUGGGAAGUUAAUUGCUGAACAUGGUUCAUUUCUUUCAGAUUUGGCCAAGUGUCGAAUAGAGCUAGAGAGGACAAGAUUGUUGGUGUUGGAAGCAGCCGAUCAGCUUGAUAGAAUAGGGAACAAAAAAGCUCGGGGGAUCAUAGCCAUGGCCAAGGUAGCUGCACCAAAUAUGGCGCUUAAGGUGCUUGACAUGGCAAUGCAAGUGCAUGGAGGAGCUGGCAUAUCAUCUGACACAGUGCUGGCGCAUCUGUGGGCCACCGCAAGGACAUUGAGAAUCGCUGAUGGUCCCGAUGAAGUCCACCUAGGCACCAUAGCCAAGUUAGAAUUGCAGAGAGCCAAGCUUUAAGUUCGUCUGUAUAUUUGUUCUUUCCACUGGAACAGCGAAAGAAAAUGUCUCUUUUAUCACCACGAGAAUAAGAAGCCAGAAAUUCACUGGAUGAUCUAAGACUGGCUAGAUGACUUUUCCGAAAAGACCUGUUGUGUGAUAAUAAGAAGCCAAUCCAUUUCUUGUAGAUGGAUAGAUGGAUGUCAUGUGAUAAAACAUGGAUCUUGAUUUAUAUCUUAAAUUCGAUUUUUAUUUAAUUAAA